AUGCAAUGGACCCGUCUUCCUGAAACUCACAUGUUCUGCUCAGUAUUUCCUAUCGGGUUAACAGGGAAUGGCUCGACGGGCAGGUACUAUGUUGUCAUACUAUUAGCGCCUACACCUUCUACGCUUAAUCUUCAAGUCUUGGAUUCUAAUCGCGGAAAAUGGAACUCCUAUACUAUCGAGCAUCCGCCUUGGUCACAGUCCGGAUGGUGGCCGACGAAUUGCCAGGCCUUGAACUUUAACAAAGCUCUACAUUGGUUAGCCCACGACGGACCUAUUGUAGCUUAUAACCCUAAAUAUAAGCAACAAUGCAUCAUCAUCCAUCGUUGCCAAGAGAUGCGCCAUGCUUCUUAUGGUGAUGAUGCGGUCGUUUCAGAGACAUUAACCGUCUCCAUGGGCCAUCUACGCAUCAUUCAGCUCGUUUGUUAUCCCUUUCCACAUGAUCAUCACCAUGUUUCUAUUUGGACACUCGUGGAUUACAAACAGUCCCUGUGGAAACAAGAGCACGACUCUGUCUAUUUCAGAGACAUGGUUUCUGGUAUUCCCUGGAUACAAGACUAUAUGCGGGAAUAUAAUCUAAAGACAACUAAGCAACAUGAUAUGUCUUUCGUCAUGUCAAUUUUCAUAAGAGAGCAGCCUCCAGAAACUAGAGAGCGGAUCAUUUUUCCACAUCCUUUACUUUGCCAUCCAACCAAUCCUCUUCUCGUUUACCUGUAUUUACCUGAACGUAUCGUUUCUCUUGAUGUCGCAACAAAAAGGCUGCGGUUAGUGACAAAAGACAUCAAAAGAGGCAUGCGUACUAUAUUUGGCCGAUACGAAUUAGGAUAUGACAUGGUGAUACCAAUGGUUCUUCACUUAGAUCCAUCAUUGGUCUUGGAACAUGAGGGUGUGCUGCUGCCACGUCGUAAGAGAGGAAGAAGAAGAAUAUAA